AUGGCAUCCAAAACCCCAUUCUCAGCAACCUUUCUCCUCAUCAACCUUCUCGUCUUCACUCUACUCACCCCCUCAUAUUCAUGUGGCACCUGCGGCAACCCAAGACGGGGCACAGGCAGAGGCGGUGGAAUGGGAAAAGGAACAGGAACGGGAGGCGGGAAUGACAGUGGAUCAGGAGCAGGAUCAGCAGGAAGGUGCCCUAGAGAUGCUCUAAAACUGGGUGUGUGCGCAAAUGUGCUUGGAUUGAUUGGAGUCACCAUCGGUUCUCCUCCUACCCUACCGUGCUGCAGCUUGCUUCAAGGCCUAGCAGACCUUGAGGCAGCAGUUUGCCUUUGCACCACCAUUCGAGCAAAUGUGCUGGGGAUCAAUCUAAACGUUCCAGUUUCUCUCAGUCUCAUUCUCAACAAUUGCGGUAGAAAUACUCCUAACGGCUUCAUCUGCCCUUAG